GCAUGCGACGAAGAUAUACUCGUUUAAAUCAGCCGCCAUGUAUUGACCAAUCGUAUGCGUGGGACACAAGGCGCACGAAGAGGCGCGAAGUUCGCCGCACCGUUCGAAAGUGCCCGAAGUUUGUCGAAGAAGGCCGAUCGUGAACGCAACUCACCACCGUCCAUCACAGUCGCCCGGCAAACUCCGUUGUGGUAAGACCGUUUCUCGUUUCUCGCGAACAAUGAUGCAUGCUGUAUUUCGGUGCUAUUUGUGUUUUUUAUCCUAAUAUCCGGGCAGUGUAAGAAAUAGUGUGUGUUGAGGACGUGUAAACUUGGAAAAUCUUGGACACGGCUGAUCGUCGAAUAAAAUUGGAUCUUCGCACCUGUUUCAUACACCAUAGCAACCCGUCAUUAUUCAUACAGACUUACACGGACGCGGUGUCGCCAAGAGGAUGACGAUGAGGGAUCGGUGAACCUUGUACUGACGUCGCGACGACGAUAUUACGUUGCUGCAGAUCCAGAUAAAAUUCAAAAACUCCCCGAGGAAAGUGAAAUAUGUCGCGUUCGAGACGUCCAAGUGUAUCCAUCUACGAUUAUCCGGAACAUUUGAAUCCGUUCAACGAUGAAAUCACAAACGCGCAGCCUCAACUCUAUCGCGAUGGGAAAACGAAAGAUUCUAAGCACAAGUUUUGGACAUUUGGUAGAAGCAGGAAGAAGAGAUCCAACAGUUUCUCUAUUAAAUCUACUUGGAAUGGACUGUUCGGCAAACGGAAGGAUGACAGAUCAGAAGAGCUAGAGAAGAGGUCUACGAUUACUACAGUUUCGUCCACCUACAAACGGGAGCCUUUCACGAAACCAAUAACAGCAGCCCGGGCGACGAAAGAUCAACAAGAAUUCGACGAAGCCCUUGGUACCUUGGCGAGACGAAGAAAAUACACGCUGGAUAAUUCAUCGUCGAGAUACAGCUCGAGUUUGACCGUAAACGGUGAUCCUGCGAGGAUCUACGAUGGCAGUCCGCAGGAUACGACCACGUCCAUCAUGGGUGAUCUCACUCCAAAGCCACCGGCAAGAAGAUUUGGUCAGGUGAGUCCAAAGCCGACUGAUAAAAUACCACCGUUGGACUACGAGGAUAAGAGUCCAAAGGAGAAUGGAAGUGUAACGCUUCGCGAGAAAACGCAGGAAAGCACGCCUGUACCACCUUUGCGAAGAUUCGGUAACAGAUCAUCGCAAAGGACAAAUGCGAGUACCGUGGAUUCAGAAGAGGAAGCGAGUCGAUCGGGCGACGUCACGUUGUGUGACGAAAACGAAAAUGUUCCCGAGGAUUACGUGUUCAAGAGGUUUACUCAAGACGCGGUUAGGAAGUCGAAUCUUUCGAUAAACAGCUGUGUUUCCGUUGGUAGUACGAUAAGCGUUUACGGUCGUAAGAAACGUAAAGCACCGCAGCCACCGCGUCGUACAGAAAAAUUAGACACCGAGAAAGUUCCUGAAGUACCUAACGUAGAGCUUCAAAUAGUUGAGCCAAGCGACAUAGCGAGGGUUACUGAAAAUAUUGACGAGAUGACGAAAAAGAGCCAAAGUUUGGACCAAGAAGAGGCUACUGAUACUGAAAAGAAGACAACCGAAGGAUCCACGACAGAGGAUGAAAUUAAAUGUACGGAAAAUAAAGGGAAUAUUGAAGAUUCAUGUAAAAAGGAAGAAUGUACAGAUGAGAAUUGUGUAGAAAAGGAACAAACUGAACCGGAAAGCUCGACAAGGAAGGAUCAAGAAGAAACGGAUAAGGAGAAUGCUGAGAAGAAAAACGAAGAUGUUCACAUUGAGUAUCAUAGAACUUCUCAAGAGAAUGUUGAAAUUAUCAAAGACGUCGAUCAAGUAAAUUCGUCGUCUGAAUUGGAAGAUGUAUGUCUCAGACGAAAGAGUUCUUCCGGCGCGUUGUCCAGAAGCGACAGCUUCUCGGUGAAGGAUGAAAUCGAGAAGAUCGAGAAACAAAUAAAAGCUCUCGAGACGAGAAACGCUUCUAGUGAGUCGUCGGAUGAAAAGGAUGCGAAUGAUUUGCAUGAGAAUACUAGGCAGUCGAUUCAGGCGAAUCGUAGACACUUCUUCCAGAAUAUGGUUGAAAAUGAGAAUGACAAAAGUGCAAUUAAAAUAGAAUUUAAGGAAUACCCUAGGGAACAGAAAGACAUUCAUGUGGUGAGAUUAAACGAGUCGCCUGUUCCCGCAGUUGCGCCUAGAGAUCCAGUAAAGGUGAUCGAGCUUCAUAUUUCGGAACCUAUUAAACAGAAGGCGAAGAUACUCGAAUCUGUGAACCCGAUACCAAAACCGAGAAGACACAGCUCGUUGAAUUUAAACGAAUCGGAAUCAAAUGUGACAUCAAACGACACGCAAAGAAGCCUUGAAUCGACUCGAGGGAAGUCGAUCAUGGCUGAUCAAGGUAGAGGUAAGAGCCGUGGUCGUGCAAGAGGUCAAGAUGAUAAACGUUCACAGCCACGACCUCCCAGCCAAUACCCUCAGCCUCAGGGUGCCUGGAGCCGUAGACCUGGACCUCAGCCACAACCAGGUCCAUCUACACAAACACCGUACGCAAGACCGCCUCAACCACCACCGAGUUAUUCCAAAGUAAAAGCUCCAGUAAAGACUUCAGCACGUGCAGUAGAGCGUUUAGGACCUAGAGGUGAUAGUGGUCCGGGAUAUUCAGGAGCAGAAGGUGGUGCUGAACCAAUGGAAGUUGGCGGAGGUGGUGAUGUAGCGGUACUUGGACGUGGAGCUAUGCGAGGUCGACGGCCAUUACCUGUUGAAACAUACACAAGACCAUCGUCUCUAGUGACUAAAAAAGGUUCUACUGGAGGUGCGAUACAACUGCAAGCUAAUUUUUUCAAAUUAUUGGCCACGACUGAUUGGUGUCUCUAUCAGUAUAGAGUUGAUUUUGCGCCCGAGGAAGAUCGUACCGUCGUACGAAAAGGUUUACUUAGACUUCAUAGGGAAAAAUUAGGAGCAUACGUCUUCGAUGGAACUGUUCUCUAUUCAAGCAAACGCGCACAAGAUAAAGAAGAAUUUUGGUCCGUACGAACAUCAGACAAUACAAAAGUCAGAAUCACUAUACGACUUGUUGGAGAAAUGCAGAGAGCUGAUCCGCAGUACCUUCAAUUCUUUAAUAUAAUAAUGCGUAAAUGUUUAGAUCUGCUAAAACUUCAACUCGUUGGACGAGAUUACUUCGACGCACGCAGCAAGGUAGAAGUUCGUGAGUUUAGAUUAGAACUUUGGCCUGGAUAUUUGACUUCGAUAAGACAGCACGAGAACGAUAUUCUUAUGUGUGCUGAAGUAACGCAUAAAGUUAUGCGGCAACAAACUCUGUUUGAUAUAAUGAACGAUUGUUAUCAACAAAAUUCUCGUGCCUGGAAGGAAUUGUUUGAAAAACAAGUUACCGGUCUUGUUGUUCUUACGGAUUAUAACAAUAAUACAUAUCGUAUAAGUGAUGUUGAUUUUGACACGAAUCCUUCAUCAACGUUCAAAUUAAGAAGCGGUGAAAGUAUAUCGUAUAAAGAUUAUUAUAAAAAUAAAUAUCAGAUCAGAAUUAGGAAUGACAGUCAACCAAUGCUUGUCACGAGAUUGAAACCAAGAGAGCGUCGUGCUGGUCAACCUGAAAUGGUGUAUCUUGUACCUGAAUUGUGUCGUGCAACAGGUUUAACUGAUAGUAUGAGAGAGAACUUUCACUUGAUGCGUGCAUUGGCCGAGCAUACUCGGAUUUCUCCUAAAUUACGUAUAACUAAGCUGAUGGCUUUCAAUAGACGACUUCGAAGUGAAGAUGCAAUAUCUAAGGAACUUAGAGAAUGGAACUUGCAACUUGAUGAUAAACUCGUUACCAUACCUGCACGUUGUAUACAACCAGAGAAAAUUGUUCUUGGUGGUAAAAGAACUGUUACUGCGGGGCCGACCGCGGAUUGGACGCGCGAAUUGCACAAUAAGGCAUUGUUCAACCCUGCCAAAUUAGCAAAUUGGGUGAUAAUUCAUAUGGAUCGUAUGAGAUCCGAUGUCGAAAGAUUCAUUUCAACGCUUCAAGAAUCAGCUCGUGGAAUGGGUUGCAGAUUUGAGCAUCCCAGAUUUUGGACCAUCAAUGACGAUAGAUCCAACACGUACUCCGAUACUCUGGAAAGAAUAAUGAGCUCUUCUAAUCCUGAAUUAGUUUUCUGCGUAGUAUCAAAUAAUCGAGCUGAUCGUUAUAGUGCCAUAAAGAAGAAAUGUAUCAUUGAUCGGCCAGUUCCUUCGCAAGUUUUCCUUGCGAAAAAUCUUAAUUCUAAAGGUGUAAGAUCAAUCGCUACUAAAGUAGCGAUCCAGUUGACAUGCAAACUUGGGGGUGCCCCGUGGAGUAUGGAGUUACCGCCAGUUAAUUUAAUGGUAGUCGGUUUCGAUGUGUGCCAUGAUCCCAAUGACAAAAGUCGCGACUACGGUGCUAUGGUUGCAUCUCUUGAUAGAAGUUUAACGAGAUAUUUCAGCGCGGUAAGCGCACACACUACAGGGGAAGAACUCUCGAACGAGUUCUCCGUAAAUCUUGCAAAGGCUUUAGCACGUUAUAAAGAAGUAAACAAUUGUUUACCUUCGCAUAUCCUGAUUUAUCGUGACGGUGUUGGCGAAGGCCAAGUUCCGUACGUACACAAUCAUGAGAUAGUACAGAUAAAAUCAAAAUUGGCUGGCGUCUAUGGGGAUACCACUAUUAAAAUGGCUUUUGUCAUUGUUACAAAACGUAUUAAUACGCGGUUCUUUUAUAACGGGGAGAACCCUCCACCAGGCACCGUAGUAGACGAUAUUGUAACGAACCCAAUGAGGUACGAUUUCUUCAUCGUAUCUCAAAAUGUUCGACAAGGUACGGUAACGCCAUGCGCGUACAAUGUAAUUGAAGAUACAAUUGGUUGGACAGCCGACCAGAUCCAACGUGUGACAUAUAAACUAUGUCACAUGUAUUAUAAUUGGUCAGGUACCGUGAGAGUACCUGCACCCUGUCAGUAUGCUCAUAAACUUGCCUUCAUGGUAGCUCAAUUUAUACGUCGUCCGCCAGGCACACAAAUGGAGACUUUAUUGUACUAUCUGUAAUCAUUUCUAUGGUUUCUUUUUUGAUACGUACAAACUAAAGUUAAUUACUCAGAUUACAGUAUUACAGAGCUUAUAUUUGAUUUGAAAUGUCUCAGAUACUUAUACAAAGGUAUAAGUAUAAAAGUGAUUUACAAUACUUGUUAACCUUAUAAAGUAUAUAUACAUAUAAGUAUUUUUUUAACUUUUUGUAUUAUUCAAGUACUAUGUUUUUUUUUGUUUCCUUUUUCUAAAGGUAUUAAUUAUCUUAAGAUGUACGUAAGGUACUCAAACUAAUUAUUAUUUAGACUAUAUUUUAAUUUUUUCUCAAAAUUUUUUGCUUGGAAGAUGACUUAAGACACCAAAGUAACGAAAAAAAUUAUGUACUACAAGCGUUGUGAUUUUACUGGAUCUACCAGUAUGAAAUGUUGAAACUGAUACCUGAUUAAUGAAGUAGACUGGCAAGAUGGAUGUUUAUUUCAAUUUUUAUUUUUUUUUUUUAUAUAGACCUGUUGACUUAGCUUAUUUUAAAUAGUCUUGGAUUACCAUGAACGUUACUUAAUAUGUUUCCGAGUAUUUGACAUUGCAAGGUAAUAAGACUUCGCUAUAAUUUCAAUGAUACAUUUCAUUCUGUUAAUUCCCACAUUGUGUUCCUUCAAAGUGAUAGUGAUAAGAGAGUUGUAUGAAACAUUCUGAAGCCAAACAUAAUACUACGUUUAUAUAUCUUGUACAUGAGAAAUGUAAAAUUUCGUUUUUAAUAAUUAAAAUAUUUUAAGAAGUU